AUGGUUCUCUCAUUGAUUGUAGUUGGGAUUCUCUAUGCUUUUCUUAAGCACUUGAGGUUGAGGAACAAGCUCAACAAUCCAAGAGAAGCACAAAAUGGUAAUUCAAUCUGGAGCUAUGAUGGGAAAAUGGUGUAUGAAAGAAUCAUUGAAGCAACAGAGGAAUUUGACUCCAAAUAUUGUGUUGGAGUGGGAGGGUGUGGAAGUGUUUAUAAAGCUGAGCUACAGCCAAGUAAAGUUGUUGUUGUGAAAAAACUUAAUUCAAUACAGGAUAACGGGAUUGCCAAUGCAAAGGCUUUCGAAAAUGAGAUUCAUGCUCUGCUAGAAACCAAGCAUCGCAAUUUGGUAAAGCUUUAUGGUUUUUGCUCACAUCCACGACACUCAUUCUUGGUUUAUGAGUUCUUAGAAGGGGGAAGCCUAAAAGAGUUCUUGUGCAUUAAAGAAGAGGUUGUUAAUUUUGAAUGGAUUAAAAGGGAAAUAUUGUCAAAGGAGUGGUUGAUGCUUUAUCCUAUAUGCAUCACGAAUAUGCAUCACGAUUGCUCACCUCCCACAGUUCAUCAAGACAUAUUUAGCAAGUACAUCUUGUUGGAUUUAGAAUAUGUUGCUCACAUCUUAGAUUUUGGCAUAACUAGGCUUUUGAAGCUUGACUCGUCCAAUUUGACUGCAUUUGUUGGAACAUUUGGUUACACAGUUCCAGCCCAAUACCAUGGUGGACUGAAUUGGGAGCUACCAUUGGGAAGAAGGGACUUAAAGACAGCAAGCUUAACUACCUCAAACACUAAUAUUCCCCCACCAAACUCUACUCUCCCAAACCUUGUAACUUUGUUCAAGCGUCAAGGACUCGAUGAAGUUGAUCUCGUUGCACUCUUAGGGGGGCAUACAAUUGGUAUGGCAAGGUGUGUGACAUUCAAGCAAAGGUUGUACAACCAAAAUGGAAACAAUCAACCUGAUCAGACUCUUGACAAGGGCUACUACUAUAAUUUGAAAUCAGUUUGUCCUAAAUCAGGUGGUGACAAUAACAUCUCUCCCUUGGAAUUUGCCUCCCCAGCAAAAUUCGACAACACAUAUUUCAAGCUCAUCCUGUGGGGAAAAGGGCUCCUCACUUCAGAUGAAGUGCUUUUCACAGGAAGUGCUGGGACUACUAUGCAAUUGGUUAAGAGAUAUGCUGAGGAUGGGAGCCUAUUCUUCGACCAGUUUGCUAAGUCUAUGGUUAAGAUGGGAAACAUAAGCCCUCUCACUGGUUUUAAGGGUGAAGAUAGGAAGAACUGUCACCGAGUUGAUUGAGCAACUAAUUAUCUACUUAAACAGUUAAAACUGUUUGAUUUAUAAUGCUUUUAUGUUGUGUUGAUUGACAUCUAAUUCUGGUGAAGCUAUGUGAUGAUUGAUUAUUGUUUGUAAUAUGAGCGAGAGCUUUUUAAUAGUACAACGCUGGGGAACUUUGUGUAGGUCCA